UGGUUGAACCGAGUGAAGCAUUUUAGACAAGGAAGUAGUCAAAUAUGUGACAGGACAGUCUAGUUUAGAUGCUAAAUAAACAUGAUUUCAGGUGCGUUUUAUGCAUUAUUAGCGGGCUUUCUUGGAGCCGUCGCCUCCUCGUCAGCCAAGCUAUCUCUGGGUUCAGACUACCUCAAAGGGAUGUGUGAAACAGGGCUGAAAACCUGGUCUCAGGAUGGAAACUACAGGAUUAUUCCGGAGGAAACAUCACCCUGCGAAUGGCUCCACAUCCCUCUGCGGUUGCUGUGUGGAGGACUGCUGUUCACCAGUAAUGCUGUGAUGUGGACUUUCUUCUCCAAGGCUCUGAGACACUCCUCCUCCUCAGCCCGGGCCACGGUCACCACCACCGCAUCCAACUUUGUAUCUUCUGCAUUCCUUGGGAAGCUGAUCUUUGGCGAGACCCACGCAGCACUGUGGUGGGUGGGCAUCUCUCUAACGCUGUCAGGUUUACUGGUGCUGCACGGAUCAACUUCUCAACCAGCAGAGGCCAAGAAGGAAGAGUGAAGGACUGUCCACAUGUGGAAUAAGAAGUGUAAUAACAAUACCACUGUAUCAAUCGCCCCACUGGACCGCCUCGGCGUUCCACAAACGUUUUCUGGCUCAAAUAAUCUGGAUUUCACGAGAACCGUGUUCCAUUACCACAAAGGGCUUUGAUGUGACUGUACAUGGAUUCUAACAUGUUACAUCUGACUGUACAUGGAUUCUAACAUGUUACAUCUGACUGUACAUGGAUUCUAACAUGAUAUAUCUGACUACAUGGAUUCUAACAUGUUACAUCUGACUGUACAUGGAUUCUAACAUGUUACAUGGAUUCUAACAUGUUACACCUGACUGUACAUGGAUGCUAACAUGUUACAUCUGACUGUACAUGGAUUCUAACAUGUUACACCUGACUGUACGUGGAUGCUAACAUGUUACAUGGAUUCUAACAUGUUACAUCUGACUGUACAUGGAUUCUAACAUGUUACAUGGAUUCUAACAUGUUACAUCUGACCGUACAUGGAUUCUAACAUGUUACACCUGACUGUACAUGGAUUCUAACAUGUUACACCUGACUGUACAUGGAUUCUAACAUGUUACAUCUGACUGUACAUGGAUUCUAACAUGUUACAUCUGACUACAUGGAUUCUAACAUGUUACAUCUGACUGUACAUGGAUUCUAACAUGUUACAUCUGACUACAUGGAUUCUAACAUGUUACAUCUGACUGUACAUGGAUUCUAACAUGUUACAUCUGACUACAUGGAUUCUAAUGUUACAUCUGACUGUACAUGGAUUCUAACAUGUUACAUCUGACAUGUUUCUCCUCUGUCUUACCGUCUCUGGGUAUGAUAUGACCAAGGUCUGUUUCUCCUCUGUCUUACCGUCUCUGGGUAUGAUAUGACCAAGGUCUGUUUCUCCUCUGUCUUACUGUCUCUGGGUAUGAUAUGACCAAGGUCUGUUUCUCCUCUGUCUUACCGUCUCUGGGUAUGAUAUGACCAAGGUCUGUUUCUCCUCUGUCUUACCGUCUCUGGGUAUGAUAUGACCAAGGUCUGCACUCCAUACACAAACAUGAUCAGGCUUUUCUACACUACACAUUAUUAUGCAAACAAAUACUUUCUUUAAUAGUACCGUUGAUAUGUAUAUUUUAUUAACAAUAUUGUAAUGACCUGUAAGACUAAAUGGGUAUCAAUUUAUUGAAAUUAAGAGUUUUGUAAAUAAACCUUUACAUGAAAUAUCUUGUCA